AUGUUGGUAGUAUGCAGCAUUGGCUGUCUUGUCGGUGCUGCGUCAUCCCUGGAUGGUGCAGUCAUCCCCCAAGCCGCGAAGUACCUCGGAGUCAGUCAAGUUACAGAGAGUUUUGGUGCCAUCAGCAGCUUUAUGCUGGGCUUUGGGCCUGGGGCAUUGAUCAGUGGUCCUUUUUCCGAAGUCCUUGGCAGAAACCAGGUCUAUCUGCCCUCCCUGACGUUAUUGUGUAUCUUCAUCACAGCAUCAGCUCUUGCACCUGAUAUCGGCAGUCAGAUCGUUUUCCGGUUCGUUGCGGGCGUUGUCGGAGCGGCACCUUCAGUGUGCGCAGGAGGAUCAAUUGCUGACAUGUUCACGGCAUUGGAGAAGACCUUCAUGUUUCCAUUCUUUAGCAUAUUCGGAUUCGGAGGAGCAGCGCUCGGUCCUGUGAUGGCUGCCUGGAUUCCGGAAUCACCCAUUCUUCAUUCUUGGCGCUGGGCAGAAUGGGUGACUCUCAUGUUCGCAGGAGCCGUCCUUUUCAUGACCUUCUUCUUUCAACCGGAGACUUACCCUCCUGUCUUGCUGAGCUGGAAGGCGAGGCAGUUACGUAAGAUCACGGGCGAUGAUCGAUAUUAUGCCGCGCACGAAAUUGAACACAUGACGUUGGUGACACGCCUGAGGACUGCUCUUCGCCGGCCAUUUAUCCUGGCACUACACGAGCCGAUAAUUCAGCUUGUCUCACUCUAUCUGUGUCUGGUCUAUAUCAUCCUUUUCACAUUCCUCAAUGGGUACGACUUUAUCUUUCGCCUGACAUACGAGAUUUCCCAGGGGUUGACGAAUACAAUCUUUCUCGGGAUAUUCAUUGGCGUCUGUGCCGCAUUCGGAUGCGUCCCAUGGAUUUACAAACUGACACUCAAUGUUCAACGUAAGGCAGAGGCCGAUGGCAAGACGCAAUUCGAUCCUGAGGUUUGA